AGCAAACGCGCUGCUGCUGCCGCUGCUGCAUCCACAUCAUCACGCUACAGGCUCAGCUCACCUACCCAGCGAAUUGCCCAAUAUGACCAGCUUGACUUAUGUUCCGCCUGAUCAAUGGCCCAAGGACAAGCAGGCCCUCGAGGUCCCGAGCUCUGCCAGACCUGGCUACACGCCCAUCUACCGCAACCUCAUGGUCCCCGAGCUGAACAUCCAGCUUACCGCGUACGACACUUUCUCCAGGGCGUGUAGUCGUUCACCUAACAACGACUUUGUCGGAUGCCGACCCUGGGAUUGGGCAAAAGGAGACUAUGCGGACUAUUUCGAGUUCAUCACCUUCAUCCAAGUUGAGGAGCGGCGUACGGCGCUCGGCAGUGCGCUGUCGCAGUUGGCCAAGGACGGUAAGUUGGGCAACGACAUCCCGCCGAUGGACUGGUGCGUCGCUUUCUGGACGAACAAUAAGCCCGAGUUCCAGAUCGUCCACCAGGCGUGCAACGCCUACUCUCGCCGCUUGGUAUGCAUCUACGACACGUACGAGGCCGAAAACGCAGCCUACAUCCUUAAGCACUCGGAGUCGCGCAUCGUCUUCACUACCUCGGCGCACUUCCAUCAGGUCCUGUCCAAAGUCGGCGAGCUGCCGCACCUGAAGCUUAUUGUCCUGCUUGACCAAGCUCCUCCCGCACCCAUGAAAGGGCAGAGCGAUAAGCUACCGCCUAGCCAGAUACACAUGAACCAGCUUGCGGCCAGCUGGGCGCGGGAGAAGGGUGUUCGCCUCAUUAAAUGGGAUGAGCUUCUCGACCUUGGGCGCCGGAACCUACAUGCGCACACACCGCCAACAUCCACAUCGGCCAUCGCGAUGUACUGCUACACGUCCGGCACGACCGGCAAGCCGAAAGCUGCGUUCGUCUCGCACGGACAGCUCGCCAUGGCAGCCGAGGGAACCAAGGUGUUGCUGCCACCGGUGAAGGCUGCGAUGAUCGGAUACCUGCCCGUCGCACACGUCUUCGAGUGCCUGCUGGAGGCUGGCGUGAUCACACGCGGCGGCCGCAUCGGCUACUCAACAGGCGAUCCUCUGCGCCUGGUCGAAGACUGCCAGCUGCUCAAGCCGGACUACUUCCCCGCCGUGCCACGCGUGCUGAAUCGCAUCGCCGCGCAGAUCCAGGAACAGAUGAAUGGCGACAGCUUCAAGGCCAAGCUGCUGCGCCGUGCGGUCGAGAGCAAGCUCGCGUACCACGAUAUUGACGGAAGCGUCACACAUGCCUUCUGGGACCGACUCAUCUUUGGAAAGGUCAAGGCCAUCCUCGGCGGCAACGUGCAGCUCAUGAUCUGCGGCAGCGCGCCCAUUCGCCCAGAGGUGCUCAAGCUCUUGCGCAUCGCCUUUUGUGCCGAUGUUAGAGAGGGCUACGGUCAGACAGAGAAUCUCGGCUAUUGCACCGUCAAUAUUGGCUUCAGGAAGGAAGUCGGCAGCGUCGGCGCGCCGCAAGUGGGAGUCGAGUUGCGCCUGAAAGACUGCCCGGAGCUGAACUACUUUAGCAGCGACAAGCCCCGUCCGCGCGGAGAGCUGCUCGUGCGCGGGCCCAACGUAUUCAGCGGGUACUUCAAGGACGAGGCGAAGACACGCGAGACUAUCGAUGAGGAAGGCUGGCUGCACUCGGGCGACGUCGCGUCCGUCGAUGAGAUGGGCAGGUUCUACAUCAUCGACCGCGUCAAGAACCUUGUCAAACUGAGUCAGGGAGAGUAUGUCGCGAUUGAGAAGGUCGAACAGACGUACAACGGCAGGGACCACCUCGCGCAGAUCAUGGUGUAUGGAGAGAGUCUGCAGGACUAUCUCAUCGCCAUCUGCAUUCCGGAGCCGGAGCCGUUCGCACGCUUCGCGUCCAACGUGCUCGGGCGCGCCGUCUCGCCAUCGGACGUCCCGUCGCUUUGUGCGGACGAGAAGCUGCGCGAGGCUGUACUGCUGGACCUGGUGCGCUUGGGCAAGGAGCGCGGCCUCAACGGCGUCGAGAUGCUGCGUGGCGUCCACCUGUCGCCUGAGUUGAUGAGCGUUGAGAACGGACUGCUGACACCGACGUUCAAGACCAAGCGGCCCGAGGCGAGCAAGUUCUACAGCAACGCUAUCAAGCAACUGUACGCAAAGGGGCCGGUGGACAUUAACUCUGCGCACAUCUGAAAGACAUGCGGUCCCGGAACACGUGAGGUGGAAAUGGAAUGUGUGUAAAUAGACGGGAGCAGACCAGCCUGUGUCAAGUAUGUAUGUAGCCGAUGAUCCAUAGAAAGCAGAGAUAUCAUUUCGUAUAGUCAAGCCGCCGUUCCCCU